UCUUUGUCUCCUCAUCACUACUCCAAUGAUGUGAACUUCUUCUUCUCUCUUACCCUAUUCUUUUUACCUCUCCGAUCUCUCGAUCCAGCACAAAUCUAGCUCAUUAAUAAUCUUGAUUCCAUCACCAAACAUGUCAUCUGAAAGAGGAAAACAUCAUGUUUCCGACGAGGGAUCCGAUGAUUUCCAUCAACCUCAGCCGCCGAGCAGAUAUGAAUCUCAAAAACGAAGGGAUUGGAACACUUUCGGUCAAUACUUGAGGAAUCAGCGGCCGCCGGUCCCGCUUACUCAGUGCAACUGCAGCCAUAUUCUUGAUUUCCUCCGGUAUCUGGAUCAGUUUGGUAAGACUAAAGUUCACUUACAAGGUUGCAUGUUUUAUGGUCAGCCGGAGCCGCCUGCUCCUUGUACUUGUCCGCUUAGGCAAGCUUGGGGUAGUCUUGAUGCUCUUAUCGGCCGGCUUCGUGCUGCCUAUGAAGAGAAUGGAGGUUCGCCGGAGACAAACCCUUUCGCGAGCGGUGCUAUUCGUGUUUAUCUCAGAGAAGUGAGGGACUCUCAAGCUAAGGCGAGAGGGAUUCCGUACAAGAAGAAGAAGAAGAAGAUACCUAAUCCAAGCAAAGGAAAUGAGGAAUCAAGCAGCUCUACAGUUCACUUCUCUUAAUUUGAUGCAGGAUCUGUUUUUGUGAGAGCACCAACUACCAAGGGAUCGGAAAGGAAACGUUAAAGCUGUUCAAGUUGCAGUUUUCUAUUACUCAUAACUACCAUCCACGACACCUUAUCUCAUGCCAUAAAUAUUGUUUUACUCAGUGAUUUGAAUUCAUAAAAAAAGUAGUAAUUUGUAUAAUUGAAGUUCUUUUUUCUUUCCACGCUUAAGCCUUCUACCACUACUUUUAAUAAGGUUUAUCUAUCGAUAAAUUUAGUAUUUUUGUUAAA